AUGCGCCGCGCGCUGGACGACGACGAUGAUCUCGGAGGCGCGCGUCGACGACGCGACGGCGCGCGAGCGCGCGCGGGGGCGCGAACGAGCGCGGCGAAGGCGGAUGGGGACGGUUGCGCCGCGCGCGGUGCGUCGGCGGCGGCGCGCGAGGAGAACGGCGGCGCGGCGGCGCCGGGCGAGGGCGAGGGCGCGGGAGGGGCGAUGCGCGUCGCGCGCGAGUGGGUCGGGGGUGAUGGCGCGAAGGCGCGCGCGAGGGGCGUGGGGAGCGGGGGCGCGGCGAGGCGGGCGGCGCGCGGGCUAAAUAUAGCGACGACGACCGCGGUCGGGAUGUACGUGUAUUGGAUACUCAUGGGGACGGUGGCUUGGAUCUCGCACUUGGGCGAACGCGCGCCGUGGUUGAGGUUCGCGCUACCGGCGGAAGGAUAUCCGGGAAACGCGCCGUCGAGCGCGGGGGCGCUCGGAUUCGUCGCGAGAAACGUGCCGCUGAGUCUCAUCUUUGUCGUGCCGCAUUCAGUGUUUUUGCCGAGUCGAUUGCGGAAGAUUUUCGGAAAACAUGGGCGUUUGAUGUAUAAUUUCGUGUCUGCGGCGACGUUGCACUUCUUCUUGUUGAAUUUUACGCCGUUGAAGACGCCGGUGGUGAUGACGAUUCCAUUCAACACGAAUUUUCACAACGCGCUCUCGAUUGGAUGUCUCGCUUACGCGUCGUAUGCGUUCCUCAGCUCACCCGCAACGUUAGGUUUAUUAGGUGUGAGCUCGGCGCUCGAGCUUCGCGACAGUAAAUACUCCAAUCCAGCGGCUGGCAUGGACGCCAUCACGUGGAUGGGCGUGACGACGUGGCGGCUCGGCGGCGCCUCCGCCUUUGUAUUGUUCACCGGUCUAUCCAUCAUCCCGCGCGAGCUCACGUUGGGUGACUGCAUCACGAGAUGUGUUGCUGCGGUGUAUUUACGUCAGCGCUCGCGAUCGUUCCGCGAGUGGGUGGAAAAGAUCGAGGGCGUCCACCUCUUGACGUGGAUUUUACGAGGCACGCUCUUGUCCUUCGCGUGUCACGGCGCCUUGCAAGGCGGUGGAAACGUUCGCACAGUGGGAUGGAUUUUAUUCGGCGCCGCGAGUUUAGCGGGAAUUCUGCGUCUCGCCGAGUCAGAGAGUCCGAACGCUAAGAAGAAACCCAUUUCUCGCGCCGCGUCCUUUGACGUCGCCGAAGCCGCGCCCGCGGCGCUCGACGACGUCGCCCGAGUCAAUCGCCCGGAGCGCUGGCACGCGUGGAACCCGCACGCUCGCAUGACGUGA